AAGCGCUCAUUUUUACCUCAGAGGCGGCAGGCAGGCAGGCAAGAUGGCGGCCUCCGCGGGGCCCUCUUCGUCGCCGGCGUCCCCGGAGCGGGAGCCCACCCGCUGGGAGGUGGCGGUGCGGCCCUUGCUCUCCGCCUCCUACUCGGCCUUCGAGAUGCGCGAGCUCCCGCAGCUCCUCGCCUCCGUCAUCGAAAGUGAAUCUGAAAUCUUACACCAUGACAAGCAAUAUGAACCUUUCUACUCGUCUUUCGUCGCGCUCGCGACACAUUAUAUCACAACCGUGUGCGGACUGGUCCCCAGGAACCAGUUGCAGUCCGUGGCGGCUGCCUGCAAAGUCCUGAUUGAAUUCUCUUUACUGCGACUUGAGAACCCAGAUGAAGCCUGUGCCGUUUCACAGAAACACCUGAUCCUGCUGAUCAAGGGCCUGUGCACCGGCUGCAGCCGCCUGGACAGGACCGAAAUCAUUACCUUCACGGCCAUGAUGAAGUCGGCCAAGCUGCCCCAAACGGUGAAAACUCUCUCGGACGUGGAGGAUCAGAAAGAGCUGGCCUCUCCGGUCAGCCCCGAACUGCGGCAGAAGGAAGUGCAGAUGAACUUCCUCAACCAGCUGACCUCCGUCUUCAACCCCCGAGUGGCGGCGUCUUCGAUGGCGCCACAGAGCCAGGGCGAAGGAGAGAGCGACGACCAGGCUUCCACCGAACAGGCCUCUGCGGCCAAAACCAAGAGCAUUUUCAUCGCCCAGAAUGUGGCCAGCUUGCAGGAGUUGGGCGGCUCUGAGAAGCUGCUGAGGGUCUGCCUCAACCUCCCUUACUUCCUGCGCUACAUCAACCGCUUCCAGGACGCUGUCUCGGCCAAUUCCUUCUUCAUCAUGCCAGCCACUGUUGCCGAUGCCACUGCUGUCCGAAACGGGUUCCACUCGCUGGUCAUCGACGUCACCAUGGCUUUGGACACACUUUCCUUGCCCGUCUUGGAACCGCUCACGCCGACAAGACUUCAGGAUGUCACUGUCCUGGCCCUCAGCUGCCUCUACGCAGGGGUGAGCGUGGCCACUUGCAUGGCCAUCCUCCAUGUUGGCACCACCCAGCAAGUCCGCACCGGCUCCACCAGCUCCAAAGAGGAGGACUACGAAAAUGAUGCGGCCACCAUUGUGCAGAAAUGCCUGGAGAUCUAUGACAUGAUCGGCCAGGCCAUCAGCAGCUCCCGCCGUGCCGGAGGGGAGCACUACCAGAACUUCCAACUCCUAGGGGCCUGGUGCCUGCUGAACAGCCUCUUCCUCAUCCUCAACCUGAGCCCCACGGCUUUGGCCGACAAAGGGAAGGAGAAGGACCCCCUGGCCGCCCUCCGGGUGCGGGACAUCAUUGCCCGCUCCAAGGAAGGGGUGGGCUCCCCCAAACUGGGGCCCGGAAAAGGGCACCAGGGCUUCGGGGUGCUGUCUGUGGUGCUGGCAAACCAUGCCAUCAAGCUGCUCACGUCGCUCUUCCAAGACCUGCAAGUCGAGGCGCUUCAUAAGGGCUGGGAGACGGACGGCCCGCCGGCCGUGCUGAGCAUCAUGGCCCAGAGCACCUCCAUCCAGCGCAUCCAGCGGCUGAUUGAGUCGGUGCCCCUCACCAACCUGCUCCUGACGCUGCUCUCCACCUCUUACCGCAAGGCUUGCGUCCUGCAACGGCAGAGGAAGGGCUCCAUGAGUAGCGACGUGAGCGCCUCCACGGACUCCAACACUUACUACGAAGACGACUUCAGCAGCACCGAAGACAGCAGCCAAGAUGACGACAGCGAGCCCAUCCUGGGCCAGUGGUUCGAGGAGACCAUUUCCCCCAGUAAAGAGAAGGUGGCCCCUCCGCCGCCUCCGCCGCCGCCUCCCCUGGAGAGCUCCCCCCGAGUCAAAAGCCCCAACAAACAGGCAGUCGGGGAGAACGGGAACAUCCUGGCCAGCCGCAAGGACCCCGAAUUGUUCUUAAGCCUGGCGUCCAACAUCCUCAACUUUGUGACGUCCUCCAUGCUGGACUCGCGCAACAACUUCAUCCGCAACUACCUGAGCGUCUCCUUGUCGGAGCAGCACAUGGCCACCCUGGCCAGCAUCAUCAAGGAAGUGGACAAGGACGGGCUCAAAGGUACGGCCGAGGAGGAGGAAUUUGCCUCUGCCCUCUAUCACUUCAACCACUCUUUAGUGACCUCUGACCUCCAGUCCCCAACUUUGCAGAACACGCUCCUGCAGCAGCUGGGGGUGGCCCCGUUCUCGGAGGGGCCCUGGCCGCUCUUCAUCCACCCGCAGGGCCUCUCCGUCCUCUCGCGGCUCCUCCUCCUCUGGCAGCACAAGGCCACCUCCCAGGGCCACCCUGACGUCCCCGAGUGCCUCAAAGUCUGGGAAAGGUUUGUGGGCACUUUGAAGCAAAACGCCUUGCAGGGGACCUUACCUGGGGACGCCGAGGACCUGAACGUGGAGCACCUGCAGCUGCUGCUGCUGAUCUUCCACAGCUUCUCGGAGAAGGGCCGGCGCUGCGUCCUGAACCUGUGUGUCCAGACGGUCCUGGAGCUGGCCGCCAACCUGGACUCCCAGCUGCGCUGCGUGCCCCUCCUCCUGGGCCGCCUCCUCCUGGUCCUGGACUACCUGCUCCACCAGUACGCCAAGGCCCCCGUCUACCUCUUUGAACAGGUCCAGUACAACCUGCUGACCCCUCCCAUUGUUUGGGCCGGCGGAUCCCAAGACGGCGGGCGGCGGACGGCUUCUCCCCUUUACCACGGAUUCAAGGAAGUGGAGGAAAACUGGGCCAAGCACUGCUCCUCAGACGCAGCUCCUCAGCCCAGAUUCUACUGCAUUUUGUCGCCCGAAGCAUCAGAAGACGACCUCAACCGCCUAGAUAGCACGGUCUGCGAGGUCUUGUUCUCCAAAUCGGCCAAAUACGACGACCUCUAUUCGGCGCUCACGUCCUUGCUGGCUGCCGGCUCCCAGUUCGACACGCUCCGCAGGAAGGAGAGCAAGAACGUCACGGCCUUGGAGGCCUGUGCCCUUCAGUACUACUUCCUGAUCUUGUGGAGGAUCCUGGGCCUCUUGCCGCCCUCCAAGAGGUACAUCAACCAGCUGGCCAUGAACAGCCCCGAGAUGAGCGAGUGCGACAUCCUCCACACCUUGCGCUGGUCCUCCCGCCUACACAUCCCCUCCUACGUCACCUGGAUCAAGGAGCACCUGGUCAAGCAGGGCAUGAAGCCGGAGCACGCCGCCUCCCUGGUGGAGCUGACUUCCGCCAAGUGCAGCUCCGUCAAGUAUGACGUGGAGAUCGCCGAGGAGUACUUUGCCCGACAGAUCUCCUCCUUCUGCGGGGUGGACUGCACCACCCUCCUGAAGCUCCACGAGAUCCCCAGCCUGCAGUCCAUCUACACCUUGGACGCCGCCAUCUCCAAGGUCCAGGUCUCCCUGGACGAACACUUCUCCAAACUGGCCGCCGAGACCGACCCCCACAAAUCCUCCGAAAUCACCAAGAACCUGCUGCCGGCCACCUUGCAGCUGAUUGACACUUACGCCACCUUCACCAGGUCUUACUUGCUGCAGAGUCUUUCCGAAGAAGGCUCAGCCGAGAACAAGCCGACGGAAGAGAAACUCCAAGGCUACGCCGCCGUCCUGGCCAUUGGCUCCGGGCGCUGCAAGGCCAACACUUUGGGGCCGACCCUCGUCCAGAACCUGCCGUCCGCGGUGCAGGCCUUGUGCGAGUUGUGGAAUGGCAUCCACACCAACGAGUUCCCAAACAUUGGCUCCUGGCGCAACGCCUUUGCCAACGACACCAUCCCGGCGGAGAGCUACAUCGGGGCCGUGCAGGCCGCCCACCUGGGGACCCUCUGCAGCCAGAGCCUGCCCUUGGCCGCCUCCCUCAAGCGCAGCCUCCUCUCCUUGGUCCGCCUCACCGGGGACCUCGUCGUCUGGUCGGACGAGCUGAACGCUCCGCAGGUGAUCCGGACGCUGCUCCCGCUCCUCCUGGAGUCCAGCACCGAGAGCGUGGCCGAGAUCAGCAGCAACUCCCUGGAGAGGAUCCUGGGCCCGGCCGAGUCGGACGAGUUCCUCUCCCGCCUCUACGAGAAGCUGAUCAUGGGCUGCUACAACAUCCUGGCCAACCACGCCGACCCUAACAGUGGCCUGGACGAAUCCAUCUUGGAAGAAUGCCUGCAGCACCUGGAGAAGCAGCUGGAAAGCCCCCAGGCCCGGAAGUCCAUGGAGGAGUUUUUCUCCGAGAGCGGAGAGCUGGUCCAGAUCAUGAUGGCCACUGCCAACGAAAGCCUCUCGGCCAAGUUCUGCAACCGGGUCCUGAAGUUCUUCACCAAGCUCUUCCAACUGACGGAGAAGAGCCCCAACGCCAGCCUCCUGCGCCUGUGUGGCUCUCUGGCCCAGCUGGCCUGCGUGGAGCCCUCCCGCCUGCAGGCCUGGCUGACCCGCAUGACCACCUCGCCCCCCAAGGAGUCCGACCAGCUGGAGGUGGUCCAGGAGAACCGGCAGCUGCUCCAGCUCCUCACCACUUACAUCGUCCGCGAGAACAGUCAAGUCGGCGAAGGGGCCUGCACCGUCCUCCUCAGCACCUUGAUCCCGAUGGCCACCGAGAUGUUGGCGAACGGCGACGGAACCGGCUUCCCGGAGCUCAUGGUGGUCAUGGCCACCUUAGCCGGCGCCGGGCAAGGAGCGGGACACCUCCAGCUUCACUCUGCCGCCGUCGAAUGGUUGGGAAGAUGCAAGAAGUACCUGUCUCAGAAGAAUGUCAUUGAGAAGAUGAACGCCAACGUCAUGCACGGGAAGCACGUGACCAUCCUGGAGUGCACCUGCCACAUUGUCUCCUACCUGGCCGACGUGACCAACGCGCUCAGCCAGAGCGGGGGGCAGGGCCCCAGCCACCUCUCGGUCGACGGCGAGGAGCGGGCCAUCGAGGUGGACUCGGACUGGGUGGAGGAGCUGGCCGUGGAGGAGGAGGACUCCCAGGCCGAGGACUCGGAUGAGGACUCGCUCUGCAACAAGCUCUGCACCUUUACUAUCACCCAGAAGGAGUUCAUGAACCAACACUGGUACCACUGCCACACCUGCAAGAUGGUGGACGGCGUGGGCGUCUGCACCGUCUGCGCCAAAGUCUGCCACAAGGACCACGAGAUUUCCUACGCCAAGUACGGCUCCUUCUUCUGCGACUGCGGGGCCAAGGAGGACGGCAGCUGCCUGGCCCUGGUGAAGCGGACACCCAGCAGCGGCCUGGGCUCCACGCUGAAGGAGUCGGCCUUCCAGAGCGAGCCCCGGGCCCCCGAGAGCGCCCCCCGCCACGCCGGCACCUCCCCGACCGACAAGGCCAAGGCCGGCUCCAGCGAUGGGCGCGGAGGCGGAGGGGCCGACGAGGAGAAGCCCAAGAAGAGCAGCCUCUGCCGCAACGUGGAGGGCUGCCGGGAGCAGCUCCAGGCCCAGGCCAACUUCUCCUUUGCGCCACUGGUGCUGGACAUGCUGAACUUCCUCAUGGACGCCAUUCAGGUCAACUUCCAGCAGGCUUCGGCCAUGGGCAGCAGCAGCCGGGCCCAGCAGGCCCUCAACGAGUUGCACACUUUGGACAAGACGGUGGAGAUGACCGACCAGCUGAUGGUGCCGACGCUGGGCUCCCAGGAAGGGGCCUUUGAGAACGUGCGCAUGAACUACAGCGGGGACCAGGGCCAGACCAUCCGGCAGCUGAUCAGCGCCCACGUCCUGCGCCGCGUGGCCAUGUGCGUCCUCUCCUCCCCGCACGGGCGCCGGCAGCACCUGGCCGUCAGCCACGAGAAGGGCAAGAUCACGGUCCUGCAGCUCUCCGCUCUGCUCAAGCAAGCCGACUCCAGCAAGCGGAAGCUGACCCUGACCCGCUUGGCCUCGGCCCCGGUGCCUUUCACGGUCCUCAGCCUCACGGGAAACCCCUGCAAGGAGGACUACCUGGCCGUGUGCGGACUCAAGGACUGCCACGUCUUGACCUUCAGCAGCUCGGGCUCCGUCUCGGACCACCUGGUGCUCCACCCGCAACUGGCCACUGGCAACUUCAUCAUCAAGGCCGUCUGGCUCCCGGGGUCGCAGACGGAGCUGGCCAUCGUCACGGCGGACUUUGUGAAGAUCUACGACCUCUCGUCGGACGCCUUGAGCCCGACCUUCUACUUCCUGCUGCCCAGCUCCAAGAUCCGAGACAUCACCUUCCUGUUCAACGAGGAGGGCAAGAACAUCGUGGUCAUCAUGUCCUCGGCCGGCUACAUCUACACCCAGCUCAUGGAGGAGGCCAGCAGCGCCCAGCAAGGGCCCUUCUACGUCACCAACGUCCUGGAGGUCACCCACGAAGACCUCAAGGACAGCAACGGUCAGGUGGCCGGAGGCGGCGUGUCGGUCUACUACUCGCACGUCCUGCAGAUGCUCUUCUUCAGCUACUGCCAGGGCAAGUCCUUUGCGGCCACCAUCAGCCGGGCCACGCUGGAGGUCCUCCGCCUCUUCCCCAUCAACAUCAAGAGCUCCAACGGCGGCAGCAAGACCUCUCCGGCCCUUUGCCAGUGGUCAGAGGUCAUGAACCACCCGGGCCUGGUGUGCUGCGUGCAACAGACCACCGGCGUCCCCUUGGUGGUGAUGGUCAAGCCGGACACCUUCCUCAUCCAGGAAAUCAAGACCUUGCCGGCCAAAGCCAAGAUCCAGGACAUGGUGGCCAUCCGGCACACGGCCUGCAACGAGCAGCAGCGCACGACCAUGAUCCUGCUGUGCGAGGACGGGAGCCUGCGCAUCUACAUGGCCAACGUGGAGAACACCUCCUUCUGGCUCCAGCCCUCCCUCCAGCCCUCCAGCGUCAUCAGCAUCAUGAAGCCCGUCCGCAAGCGCAAGGCUGCCGCCAUCAGUAAGUCGGCCCAAGCCACCCGCACUUCGGCCCAAGUCAACUUCCCCAUCGACUUCUUUGAGCACAACCAGCAGCUGACGGACGUCGAAUUUGGUGGCAAUGACCUGCUCCAGGUCUACAACGCCCAGCAGAUCAAGCACCGCCUCAACUCCACCGGGAUGUAUGUCGCCAACACCAAGCCGGGCGGCUUCACCAUCGAGGUGACCAACAACAACAGCACCAUGGUGAUGACCGGCAUGAGGGUCCAGAUCGGGACCCAGGCCAUCGAGCGCGCCCCGUCCUACCUGGAGAUCUUUGGCCGCACCAUGCAGCUCAACCUCAGCCGCCCGCGGUGGUUCGACUUCCCCUUCACCCGGGAGGAGGCCCUGCAGGCCGACAAGAAGCUGACCAUCUUCGUGGGUGCUUCGGUGGAUCCGGCCGGGGUCACCAUGCUGGACGCCGUCAAGAUCUACGGCAAGACCAAGGAGCAGUUUGGAUGGCCGGACGAGCCCCCGGAGGACUUCCCCUCCGCCUCGGUCAGCAGCGUCUGCCCGCCCAACUUGAACCAAGGGAACGGCGCCGGAGACACCGAAGCCGCCGCUCCCGCAGUCGCCAGCGGCACCGUUCUGGAAAGUUCUGAAACUGAGUCCUUAACCACUCUGGACCGGCUAGUCGUGAGUUCUUUAGAAGCGCUGGAAAGCUGCUUUGCCGUCGGAGCAGUCAACGAGAAGGAGAAGAGCAAGGCGGCCACUCAGGACCUGGCCACGCUGCUCCUGUCCACGCCGGCCCCCUCCAGUGUCCAGCAGCAGACCAAGAGCCUCCUGGCCAGCCUCCACGCCAGCCGCUCGGCCUACCACAACCACAAGGACCAGGCCCUGCUGAGCAAAGCCAUCCAGUACCUGACGGCCUCCAGCAAGGAAGGCAAGGACCUGGACCCGGAGGUCUUCCAGCGGCUGGUCAUCACGGCCCGCUCCAUCGCCAUCAUGCGGCCCAACAACCUGGUCCACUUCACCGAGGCCAAGCUGCCCCCGGCGGAUGCAGAAGGCAGCAGUGACGAGGGUCUCGAGGGCCCGAAGAGCGUGGACGGCGAGGGCUGCAGCUUCAUCACCCAGUUGGUCAACCAUUUCUGGAAGCUGCACGCCUCCAAGCCCAAGAACGCCUUCCUGGCGCCAGCCUGUUUGCCAGGCCUGACCCACGUCGAAGCCACCGUCAAUGCUCUGGUGGACAUCAUCCACGGAUAUUGCACCUGCGAACUGGAUUGCAUUAACACGGCCUCCAAGAUUUACAUGCAGAUGCUCCUCUGCCCGGACCCUGCGGUCAGCUUCUCCUGCAAACAGGCCCUGAUCCGGGUGCUGAGGCCCAGGAACAAGCGGAGGCACGUGACCCUGCCUUCUUCGCCCCGGAGCAACACCCCCAUGGGAGACAAGGACGAUUACGACGACGACGACGCGGAUGACAAAAUGCAGGGCUCCGGGAUCCCCAACGGUGAGGACAUCCGGCAAGAGAGCCAGGAGCAGAGCGAGGUGGACCACGGGGACUUCGAGAUGGUGUCGGAAUCGAUGGUGCUGGAGACGGCGGAGAACGUGAACAACGGGAACCCCUCUCCGCUGGAGGCGCUGCUGGCCGGGGCCGAGGGCUUCCCCCCGAUGCUGGACAUCCCGCCGGACGCCGACGACGAGACCAUGGUGGAGCUGGCCAUCGCCCUCAGCCUCCAGCAGGACCAGCAAGGGAGCAGCAGCAGUGCGCUGGGCUUGCAAAGCCUGGGCCUCUCGGGCCAAGCCCCCAGCUCUUCCUCUCUGGACGCUGGGACCUUGUCGGACACCACGGCAUCAGCUCCAGCCUCCGACGACGAGGGCAGCACCGCCGCCACCGACGGCUCCACCCUGCGCACCUCUCCGGCCGACCACGGCGGCAGCGUGGGCUCCGAGAGCGGCGGCAGCGCCGUGGACUCCGUGGCCGGGGAACACAGCGUCUCCGGCCGCAGCAGCGCCUACGGGGACACGGCCGCAGAGGGCCACCCGGCCGGACCGGGCAGCGUGAGCUCCAGCACCGGGGCCAUCAGCACCACCACCGGGCAGCAGGAGGGCGAGGGCUCCGAGGGCGAGGGAGACGCAGAGGCCGAGGGAGACGUCCACGCCAGCAACAGGCUGCACAUGGUCCGGCUGAUGCUGCUGGAGCGACUACUGCAAACCCUGCCGCAGCUCAGGAACGUGGGCGGGGUCCGCGCCAUCCCUUACAUGCAGGUGAUCCUGAUGCUGACCACGGAUCUGGACGGCGAGGACGAGAAGGACAAGGGCGCCCUGGACAACCUCCUUGCCCAGCUCAUUGCCGAGCUCUGCAUGGACAAAAAAGAUGUCUCCAAGAAGAACGAACGCUCCGCUUUGAACGAGGUCCACUUGGUGAUCAUGAGGCUGCUGAGCGUCUUCAUGUCCCGGACCAAGUCGGGAUCCAAGUCAUCCAUUUGCGAGUCGUCCUCGCUGAUCUCGAGCGCCACGGCGGCGGCCCUGCUGAGCUCCGGGGCGGUGGACUACUGCCUCCACGUGCUGAAGUCCCUGCUGGAGUUCUGGAAGGGCCAGCAGAGCGACGAGGAGCCCGUGGCCAGCAGCCAGCUGCUCAAGCCCCACACCUCCGCCUCCCCGCCCGACAUGAGCCCCUUCUUCCUGCGACAGUAUGUCAAGGGCCACGCGGCCGACGUCUUUGAGGCCUACACUCAGCUGCUGACGGAGAUGGUCCUGCGCCUUCCUUACCAGAUCAAGAAGAUCGCCGACACCAACACCCGCAUCCCGCCCCCGGUCUUUGACCACUCCUGGUUCUACUUCCUCUCCGAGUACCUGAUGAUCCAGCAGACGCCCUUUGUGCGGCGCCAGGUGCGCAAGCUGCUGCUCUUCAUCUGCGGCUCCAAGGAGAAGUACCGCCAGCUGCGGGACCUGCACACGCUGGACUCCCACGUGCGGGGCAUCAAGCGGCUCCUGGAGGAGCAGGGCAUCUUCCUCCGGGCCAGCGUGGUCACCGCCAGCUCCGGGUCCGCCCUCCAGUACGACACGCUCAUCAACCUGAUGGAGCACUUGAAGGCUUGCGCCGAAAUCGCCACGCAGCGGACCGUCAACUGGCAGAAGUUCUGCAUCAAAGAUGAUUCGGUGCUCUACUUCCUCCUCCAAGUCAGCUUCCUGGUCGACGAGGGGGUCUCUCCGGUCCUCCUGCAGCUCCUCUCCUGCGCUUUGUGCGGAAGCAAAGUCCUCUCGGCGGCGGCAGCGUCCUCGGGAUCGUCCGGAACGUCGGGUUCGGCGCCGCCGGGAUCCGGAUCGGGACAGCCUUCCGGGCAGAGCAAGUCGUCCAGCAAGAAGAGCAAGAAGGAGGAGAAGGAGAAAGACCGGGAAGGAGACGGUGCUUCUGGCAGCCAGGAGGACCAGCUCUGCACGGCGCUGGUGAGCCAGCUGAACAAGUUUGCCGACAAGGAGACCCUGAUCCAGUUCCUGCGCUGCUUCCUGCUGGAGUCCAACUCCUCCUCGGUCCGGUGGCAGGCCCACUGCCUGGCCCUCCACAUCUACAGGAACUCCAACAAAUCCCAGCAGGAGCUGCUGCUGGACCUGAUGUGGUCCAUCUGGCCAGAGUUGCCAGCUUACGGGCGGAAGGCGGCCCAGUUUGUGGACCUCCUGGGCUAUUUCUCACUGAAAACACAGCAGACGGAGAAGAAGCUGAAGGAAUAUUCCCAGAAGGCCGUGGAGAUCCUCCGGAUGCAGAACCACAUCCUCACCAACCAUCCCAACUCCAACAUUUACAACACUCUUUCCGGUCUGGUGGAAUUCGAUGGCUACUACCUGGAAAGUGAUCCGUGUCUCGUCUGCAACAACCCCGAAGUGCCGUUCUGCUACAUCAAGCUCUCCUCCAUCAAGGUGGACACCCGCUACACCACCACCCAGCAGGUGGUCAAGCUCAUCGGCAGCCACACCAUCAGCAAGGUCACCGUCAAGGUCGGGGACCUCAAGCGCACCAAGAUGGUCCGAACCAUCAACCUCUACUACAACAACCGGACGGUGCAGGCCAUCGUGGAACUCAAGAACAAGCCAGCCCGGUGGCACAAGGCCAAGAAGGUCCAGCUGACCCCGGGGCAGACGGAGGUGAAGAUCGACCUGCCGCUGCCCAUCGUGGCUUCCAACCUGAUGAUCGAGUUUGCCGAUUUCUACGAGAACUACCAGGCCUCGACCGAGACCCUGCAGUGCCCCCGGUGCAGCGCCUCCGUCCCUGCCAACCCCGGGGUUUGCGGGAACUGCGGGGAGAACGUUUACCAGUGCCACAAGUGCAGGUCGAUCAAUUACGAUGAGAAGGACCCCUUCCUCUGCAACGCGUGUGGCUUCUGCAAAUACGCCCGCUUUGACUUCAUGCUCUACGCCAAGCCCUGCUGCGCCGUGGACCCCAUUGAGAACGAGGAGGACCGCAAGAAGGCCGUGACCAACAUCAACACCCUCCUGGACAAGGCCGACCGCGUCUACCACCAGCUCAUGGGCCACCGGCCGCAGCUGGAGAACCUGCUCUGCAAGGUGAACGAGGCGGCGCCCGAGAAGCCGCAGUUUCCUCCUCGGUGCUUUCAGGACGACGCCGGCUCCGGCGGAGGGAUCAGCUCGGCCUCGGCCAGCGUCAACCGCUACAUCCUCCAGCUGGCCCAGGAGUACUGCGGGGACUGCAAGAACUCCUUCGACGAGCUCUCCAAGAUCAUCCAGAAGGUGUUUGCGUCUCGGAAGGAGCUUCUGGAGUACGACCUGCAGCAGCGGGAGGCGGCCAGCAAGUCCUCGCGCUCGUCCUCGUCGUCCUCGUCCUCGUCGGCGUCGGCGCCUGCGCAGCCCACCUUCACGGCCAGCCAGUACCGGGCCCUGUCCGUCCUGGGCUGCGGCCACACCUCCUCCACCAAGUGCUACGGCUGCGCCUCCGCCGUCACCGAGCACUGCAUCACCCUCCUCCGGGCCCUGGCCACCAACGGCCCCAUCCGCCACAUCCUGGUCUCCCAGGGGCUCAUCCGGGAGCUCUUCGACUACAACCUGCGCCGGGGGGCCGCCUCCAUGCGCGACGAGGUCCGACAGCUCAUGUGCCUCCUCACCAGAGACAACCUGGAAGCCACCCAGCAGAUGAACGACCUUAUCAUCAGCAAGGUGUCGGCCGCCUUGAAGGGACACUGGGCCAACCCCGACCUGGCCAGCAGCCUCCAGUAUGAGAUGCUCCUGCUGACGGACUCCAUCUCCAAGGAAGACAGCUGCUGGGAACUCAGGCUGCGCUGCGCCCUGAGCCUCUUCCUGAUGGCCGUGAACAUCAAGACCCCCGUGGUGGUGGAGAACAUCACCCUGAUGUGCCUGCGCAUCCUGCAGAAGCUCAUCAAGCCCCUGGCGCCCACCAGCAAGAAGAACAAGGACGUUCCCGUGGACUCCCUGACCACGGUCAAGCCCUACAGCAACGAGAUCCACGCGCAGGCCCAGCUGUGGCUCAAGCGGGACCCCAAGGCCUCCUACGAAGCCUGGAAGAAGUGCCUGCCUGCCAGAGGCAUCGAGGCCAAUGGGAAGUCUCCCACCCGGGCCGAGCUCCGCCACCUUUACCUGACGGAGAAAUACACCUGGAAGUGGAAGCAGUUCAUGAGCCGCCGGGGGAAGCGCACCUGCCCCUUGGACCUCAAGCUGGGACACAAUAACUGGCUGCGGCAGGUCUUGUUCACCCCAGCGACCCAGGCGGCCCGGCAGGCGGCCUGCACCAUUGUGGAAGCCCUGGCCACCCUCCCCAGCCGCAAGCAGCAGGUCCUCGACCUCCUGACCAGUUACCUGGACGAGCUGAGCGUGGCGGGGGAGUGUGCGGCCGAGUACCUGGCCCUCUACCAGAAGCUGAUCAAGCCGGCCCGGUGGAAGGUCUACCUGGCCGCCCGGGGGGUCCUGCCCUACGUCGGGAACCUCAUCACCAAGGAGAUUGCGCGCCUGCUGGCCCUGGAGGAGGCCACGCUCAGCACCGACCUGCAGCAGGGCUACGCCUUGAAGAGCAUCACAGGGCUGCUCUCCUCCUUCGUGGAGGUGGAGUCCAUCAAGCGGCACUUCAAGAGCCGGCUGGUGGGAACUGUUCUGAACGGCUACCUCUGCCUCCGGAAGCUGGUGGUCCAGCGGACAAAACUGAUCGACGAGACCCAGGACAUGCUGCUCGAGAUGCUGGAGGACAUGACCACAGGCACAGAAUCGGAGACCAAGGCCUUCAUGGCCGUGUGCAUUGAGACGGCCAAGCGGUACAGCCUGGACGACUACCGGACGCCCGUCUUCAUUUUUGAGCGGCUCUGCAGCAUUAUCUACCCGGAGGAGAACGAGGUGACGGAGUUCUUUGUGACGCUGGAGAAGGACCCGCAGCAGGAGGACUUUCUCCAGGGCCGCAUGCCCGGGAACCCCUACAGCAGCAACGAGCCCGGGAUCGGGCCCCUCAUGCGAGACAUCAAGAACAAGAUCUGCCAGGACUGCGACCUGGUGGCCCUGCUGGAGGACGACAGCGGCAUGGAGCUCCUGGUAAACAACAAGAUCAUCAGCCUCGACCUCCCCGUGGCCGAAGUCUACAAGAAGGUCUGGUGCCCCACCAACGAGGGAGAGCCGAUGAGGAUCAUCUACCGCAUGCGAGGUCUGUUGGGGGACGCGACGGAGGAGUUCAUCGAGUCGCUGGACUCUACAACUGACGAGGAGGAGGACGAGGAGGAGGUCUACAAGAUGGCCGGCGUCAUGGCCCAGUGCGGCGGCCUGGGCUGCAUGCUGAACCGCCUCUCCGGCAUCAAGGACUUCAAGCAAGGACGGCACCUCCUGACGGUCCUCCUGAAGCUCUUCAGUUACUGCGUCAAAGUCAAAGUCAACCGCCAGCAGCUGGUCAAGCUGGAGAUGAACACCCUCAACGUCAUGCUGGGGACCCUCAACCUGGCCUUGGUGGCCGAGCAAGAGAGCAAGGACAGCGGCGGGGCGGCGGUGGCCGAGCAGGUCCUCAGCAUCAUGGAGAUCAUCCUGGACGAGUCCAACGCGGAGCCUCUCAGCGAAGACAAGGGCAACCUCCUCCUGACGGGCGACAAGGACCAGCUGGUGAUGCUCCUGGACCAGAUCAACAGCACCUUUGUGCGCUCCAACCCCAGCGUCCUGCAGGGCCUCCUCCGCAUCAUCCCCUACCUCUCCUUCGGCGAGACGGAGAAGAUGCAGACGCUGGUGGACCGCUUCCGGCCCUACUGCGCCUUCGACAAGUACGACGAGGAGCACAGCGGGGACGACAAGGUCUUCCUGGACUGCUUCUGCAAGAUCGCUGCCGGCAUCAAGAACAACAGCAACGGGCACCUGCUGAAGGACCUCAUCCUGCAGAGGGGCAUCACCCAGAACGCCCUCGACUACAUGAAGAAGCACAUCCCCAGCGCCAAGAACCUGGACGCCGACGUCUGGAAGAAGUUCCUGUCUCGGCCGGCGCUUCCGUUCAUCCUCCGCCUCCUCCGAGGCCUCGCCACGCAGCAUCCGGCCACCCAGGUGCUGAUCGGGACGGACUCCAUCACCAACCUGCACAAACUGGAGCAAGUCUCCAGCGACGAGGGGAUCGGGACGCUGGCCGAGAACCUGCUGGAGGCCCUGCGGGAACAUCCCGAGGUCAACAAGAAGAUUGACGCAGCCCGGAGGGAGACGCGGGCGGAGAAGAAGCGCAUGGCCAUGGCAAUGCGGCAGAAGGCCUUGGGCACGCUGGGCAUGACGACGAACGAGAAAGGGCAAGUGGUGACCAAGACGGCGCUCUUGAAGCAGAUGGAGGAGCUGAUCGAGGAGCCGGGCCUGACCUGCUGCAUCUGCCGGGAAGGAUACAAGUUCCAGCCGACGAAGGUGCUGGGCAUCUACACCUUCACCAAGCGGGUGGCCCUGGAGGAGUUUGAGAACAAGCCUCGGAAGCAGCAGGGCUACAGCACCGUCUCCCACUUCAACAUCGUCCACUACGACUGCCACCUGGCCGCCGUCCGAUUGGCCCGCGGCCGCGAGGAGUGGGAGAGCGCGGCCUUGCAGAACGCCAACACCAAGUGCAACGGUCUCCUGCCCGUUUGGGGGCCCCACGUCCCGGAGUCGGCCUUUGCCACCUGCUUGGCCAGGCACAACACCUACCUGCAGGAAUGCACCGGGCAGCGGGAGCCCACCUACCAGCUCAACAUCCACGACACCAAGCUGCUCUUCCUCCGCUUCGCCAUGGAGCAGUCCUUCAGCGUGGACACCGGGGGCGGCGGGCGGGAGAGCAACAUCCACCUCAUCCCCUACAUCAUCCACACCGUGCUUUACGUCCUCAACACGACGCGCGCCACCUCCCGCGAAGAGAAGAGCCUGCAGAGCUUCCUGGAGCAGCCGAAGGAGAAGUGGGUGGAGAGUGCCUUCGAGGUGGACGGCCCCCACUACCACACCCUCCUGGCCCUCCACGUCCUCCCGCCCGAGCGCUGGAAGGCCAUCCGCAUCGACAUCCUCAAGCGGCUGCUGGUGGUCGCCCAGGCCAGGGUGGCCUCCCCGGCCGGAGCAACCAGGCUGACAGAUAAAGCAGUGAAGGACUACUCGGCCUACCGCUCCGGCCUCCUCUUCUGGGCCCUGGUGGACCUCAUCUACAACAUGUUCAAAAAGGUGCCUACGAGCAACACGGAGGGGGGCUGGUCCUACUCGCUGGCCGAGUACAUCCGCCACAACGACAUGCCCAUCCACGAGGCGGCCGACAAGGCCCUCAAGACCUUCCAGGAGGAGUUCAUGCCCGUCGAGACCUUCUCCGAAUUUCUGGACGUGGCCGGCCUGCUGUCGGACAUCUGUGACCCCAAGGGCUUCCUCAGAGACCUCUUCAACUCCAUCCCUUGAGCCGGACGCGAAGAGACCCGGGACGAGCUUUGUUCCCACCCUCCUCCCUCUGUAUUCUGGUCCGCAAAGGAACCACCGCCGAGGAGUGUUGUGUUACUUUCCCGCUCCCUUUCCCCUUCUCCGUCUCCCUUCCGAGUUCUUGACGUUGGGCUUCCCUCCCCCCCGACGCCCCUCCCACCCCAGAGCCAGGUUUGCCGCCCCUCUUCCUUCCCGUGUGGCCACUUUACCUGUCAAUAAAUAAGUUAAAUACA